CUCCAAAGGGUGUCCAUGUGCUGUUCCCAUAUUCUAAUACAUAAAUUUACUUCAUUUGUUUCUGCUUCUCCAGACCACUUGGUUUAAAUAUUCUCACUCUCCAUAAACAUUUACUAUAAGUUUUACCAAAUACAACAACACACACCAAUCACAUCCAUCACCCAUAAAUGACCGAACGGUCCGUUUUAGUGUGUUUUUAGAGAGGGUCCUUUUGGGUGUUUAGGGUUCAAAAAGUGUCCCGUUUUGAUGCCGGACUCCAAAUGUCAUUACUUCUAAACUUCCUCCCCUUAUAAAACACACAACAAACUCAACUUCUUACCUACAUUUCCCUCAAAGUACUCUCUUUUUCUCCCUUUUAGUAACAUGGUUUCCCUAGAAGGUCCCCUUAUAUCCGAUGAGCCAACGUCUAGUCCCCGAAUUUCCUUCUCUUCAGAAUUUCUUGAUGAGAGAAACUUCAUAUCCAUUACACCAAAUGCACAAGCAGAGAAAGAGCGAAAAGAGCAACAAGACAGAUCAACGCGUAGUGCAGCUGAAUUCGAGUUCCUCUCGAGUAAGUUAACCAAUGAAAACAUGAUCACAGCAGAUGAGCUGUUCUUCGAGGGUAAGUUACGUCCUUAUUGGCAAAUGCAUUAUGCUGAAAAGCUCAAUAAAAUUAGUUUAAAAGCUGACAAGGAAAUUUUGGACAAUGCCAUGGUCAUAAAGAGUAAGGAAGAAACUGCUAGUAGGCCAAUAAAUUGGUUUAUUGAUGAAGAUCCUUCUCCUAGGCCACCAAAAUGUACUGUUUUAUGGAAAGAGUUGUUGAGAUUGAAGCACAAAAGAGCUUCUUCAUUAUCGCCUUCUUCUUCGACUUCUUCCUCUUCUUCAUCUUCAAGUUCACUUGCUGAGAAUGAAAAAAGUAAAGGGCAAUCAAUCAAAGAGAAACAUGUGAAGAGGAUUAAGAAAGGAUCAUUAGAGAGGUGUAAAUCAGAAACUUUAAAAGUUAGACCUGUGAUUCAUGUGCCAAUUUGUUCACAGGGGAAAAACUCUGCUCUGCCUCCUCUGUUUUCACUUAAGAAAAAAGUAAGGGCAAUAGAGAGGUGAAAUAAGAACUUUGCUAUUGUUGGUCAUUGUGUAGAGAUGUUCUUACUAUUUGAUUUGGUUUUCUUUCUUCUUUUCAUGAGUUUAGAUUACAUGUUUUCGUCGUAGGAUCUGAUGAAUUUACCUUACAAUGUUGAUGUGUUCAUUUCCUGUAAUGUAUCAUGUAUGUGAAGCUAAUGUUAUCUAGUUUCAAGAGUUAUUGUAAUCUAACAUGUUCUAGCUUUUCUUUUCAUGCAAAGAAAUAG